AUGUACAUGUCCCAGAUGCAGAUGGGAGUGCUGAUGCACAAGCAGCGCGAUAUGCUCAAAACAUUUCUUCCUGGAUAUGUGCUCAUCAACUCAGGAACAGCAGAAGACGUAGCCAUUUUCUGGGAGUCUGUUUACUCCAAGUGGUUUGAAACCUGGCCUGAACAUGGUGCUAUUGAGUAUUGUCGCUGGAAAAAGUGGGCCACACCAGAACAAGAGGAAUUCCUCCUCAGUCAUUUUCCGGAAUUCCGCACACAUGCCUUGAACAAGCACUACAAGGAUUUUUUGAAGUGUGUCAAAGUCGAAUGGUUCCAACGUUGGCCUGAGCGCAAGGUGUCGUUCCCAGAAUUGCCAGCUGAGCAUGUCUACACGGCCGAAGAAGAGGAGUAUAUAGCAACACGCGUGAAAACCCGUCAAAAGGCAAGUCAGGGAUAUGCUCACCAUGCAAAACAAGCAUUAUAUUCCAACAAAUACUACGACAAAAAGAUCAAGCACGCUGCAGACGAUGCAAUCAAAAAUGAACACAUUACCAAUAGAGGUCCAAAGUUGAACAAAUGCCGCAAGAUCACGCGCCGUAUGUAUUCAGACAAAAGUGAAGUCAUCAAAGCCAAGAUCAACAAGAAGUAUGAAACAAUAAAGGCAAGAUAUACAAAACAACACGAACACCUAAAGUCAGCUAUUCACGAGCUCGGCCCCAUGCUCGAUCGAGACCUCAAGUACCUUGGACAUAUGACUGGAGGGUGGAAGUUUAGCGUGUUGAUGGGGGGUCAUGAUCCUAGCACAGGUGAAGUGUCAGUGUUUAACUAUCAUGUAGGAGAAGUCGAAAGUGGCAUACAGUUUGACCAAGCGUACAACAAGUUUGACAUUGUGCAGAGCGCCUUCCUAGAAUUUGUCAAAAAGUCUAUUGCAUUCGAGUCUACAUUAUCGCGGGAGUCUGAGUCGGAGUCAGAGUCAGAGUCAGACGCUGGACUAUUGUUGUUAGACACAGACUCUGACGAGGAGUGGGGAAAGAGCGGUGGCGAGGGUGGGCAGAGUCAACUGCAGGAGGAUCCUAGGAACUACCUCUAUUGCAUGACUCCUCAAUCCGAUGAAGGGGCCGAUCUAUUUCCCACCAUUAUUAAUGCAUCACUGACUACCACCAGUGAUGCAUCAUUCGACGUUGAAGCCAUGGGCCACCUCACAACAAUGGACCACAUGGACCUUUCAGUACUCGAUCCUUUUCUGAACGACCCCAUCAUACAGGGUAGUAUAGAUUUUUCAGUGUUUGAUCCAGCGGCGUUCUCAGCUGUGAUCAACAAUCUGACCUUCGACAUCAACAUGCUCGGUUCCCCUCAGGUGCCUCCCAUGAAUUUGCAUCAGGAUGUUGAGGACGACCCAUAUUCGUCAACUCCACAGACUCAAGAGGUCUUUCUUCUGUCUGUACAUAGUGAGGAAGGAGAGGAUAGCAAUGACCUCAACAACUCACCUGCUGUUCCCCAAGCCAGGUGCAGAAAUCGUUUCGACGGAACUCAAGCGCCUGCACCGUCUGCAGAAGCCCCGUGUCUGGGUGCACGUAACACUGUCCUGUUCAAUCCAUGUGAAUGCAACAAUGAGAUUGGUACCUCAACUGUUGCUGCGAAGGGUAAGGGGAAAAAUGCCGAAGGCGACUCCGGUUCACACAAGUACGCACAUUUUUUUUCUGUUUCAACAAAAAUAUUUUCUUGA